AAGUCAAUCUAUUCUCCGGCACAGCACCCGGUAGUCUCUAGACGAGAUCACGUGGGAUCUACGAACUGAGACGUCUUCCAAGCAUUGAGGGAAAAACACCAAUGAAAGCCGGCUAAGGAUGCUCCUGCCACGAGCCACGUGCUGUUUCACGACUCUACCAUGUUUCAGUUCCAGCCGCUGUCAAGAUCGUUUCGGUCUGUCGGUCAACCCCACACGCACUGAUUGCAGCUGCCAUAGACAGUCUCGCUUCCGGAACCCGGGACAGCACAGAGACAGCUCGAUGCAGCUUACAGUCUCUUGUCACGGAGCUUGUGUUCGGACGCUUGGACGACUUGUGGGGAUACCAAGAAGCAUCUGCCGUUAGCGCGUUUCGACCAAUCUAACCGCUGUCCUUCAUGAUCUCCAGCAGGCAUUGCCAUCAUGGAAGUUUCAAACAGCGUGGUACACGGCGUUGACUUGACUCCUGGAAUAAAAAGAUGAACAC